ACCUCUACAACGACGAAGUCAUCACCCAGCGAAGUUAACCGAAACUCGCCAAACCGCAAUCAUGGGAAAAGUCCACGGAUCCCUCGCGCGUGCCGGAAAGGUCAAGGCUCAGACACCAAAGGUCGAGCCUCAGGAGAAGAAGAAGACCCCCAAGGGCCGCGCCAAGAAGCGCCUCACAUACGUCCGCCGCUUCGUCAACGUCACCAUGACCGGCGGCAAGAGGAAGAUGAACCCCAACCCAGGCGCGGCAUAGAUGGAAUGAGCGAAGAUGGAAUGAGGAUUGGGGAGUGGGCGACGGCAAUACACGGAAACGAAACGAUCGGCGGAUGAGAUUUGCGGUGGACAAUCGUGACAAUCGGCGUUGUGGAGCUUCUUUCUGUGGCAGGAUGUCUCGAGAGUGCGCCUUUGGGAUGGAACAGAUUCUACGGCUGCUUGAAGAUGGGACCCGCCAUUUCUUUCACGAAACGGAGGGAACGGCUUAUGUAUCGGCUGUGGCUAUAUCCCAGUCACUCGAAUUGCAGACGCUUCUCCAC